UGCCUGCAGACGCCAGUGUGCGUCAUAAGAAGGACAGACACGAGGAGCCAAGAUGAUUUACGGGAUUUAGUGCAGUCCGAGAAGGAUGGAAAUCGGGUUGCAUGGUAGGUGCGUGGGCAGUGGCGCGCCUAUUCUCCUAGUCUGUCUUUGGGUCACAGCUUCUUUACUCGUGUCUCACACACCUGCCGCCUCGAGGAGUGCAUAGGGCAGCAUCACAACAUGGUCCUCGGUUUCUCUUCAUCAAAGGGUAAAAAGGCAAGAGAAGCCAGCGAGGGCGGCUCUUCUGCACAGGCAUCUGCCAAGCCGCCCGAUGCCGAACCAAAGACCGUUCCUCAGGGCAUGCCCUCGUCCUCGUCGGCGUCCUCUAGCCAGCCUCGCACACCAGCUAACGGCGCAUCGUCGGACGUGGAGGGUGCGGCGGGUCGAGGAGAACGGGAAGUCUACUCGUUCCAUUCGACAUGCCUGCAAAUAAAAGAUCCCAUACGAAGCCUCCAGUUCUACAGAGAUAUUUUGGGCAUGGAAGUCGUCAAGGAGUCAGAGGCCGACGAGUACUCGAUGAUUUUCCUAGGCUUCAAGACAGGCGACGAGGAGGAGCAAUUUGGCGUACGGCAGGGCCUGCUGCAACUAGUGUACGUGCAUGGAAGCGAGGAAGACGACGAUUUCAAAAUCAAGACCGGCGGGCCGGGCUUUUCACAUUUCAGUAUCGGCGUGCCGGAUGUGGAGCGGGCCAGAAAGCGCAUGGAGAGCCUCGGCGUCGAGAUUGUCGAGGACGGCAGCAAUGCAGCGGGCUUUGCCGCCGUGGCUGAUCCCGACGGCUACCACAUCCAACUCAUGUCGCAGAGCAUUGGCCAGGACGACAAGCUGCGUAAGCAGCUCGAGGCUCUGAUGCGGACGCCCUCGUCAGCCUUCACCCUUGACUCGAUGAGCAUGCAGAACCGUGGCGAUGGCCUCGAGAGCAUUACCACGAGAGACUCCUACAAUUCGUCAGACGCUCUCCGUUUCGCCAAGGGCGGGAGUCCGGUCAGUCCCUCGAGUCCUGUGCACCCGUCCUCGUCGCCACAGAUGUAUAUCAACCAGCAAUCUUGAGAGUACCUUUCUUGUGAUCAACCACCUCGAACAAUGUAGUCUCGUCUAUUCAUUUCCAAGCAUAUUCUCCUUAUUCCUUCCUUCUUAGCCCAUUCUGCCCCCUUCUUGCCUCCUUCGGACUUGUAUGCUACGAGUCUAGAAACAAAGGACUGAGGGGAGCGGGAGAAUAGAAGCGGGAG